ACAGCAUCACUGGAGGUUUCACAUGUAUCUUGUUAGGGAUUGGCUCAUUCAAAAAAAGCGUACACACAGCCUUGAUCUAACUAUAUACAGUGGAACGUCGAUAGAACGGACUAAUAGGGGCGGUGGGUGGUCCGAUAGAACUGAUUGUCCGGUUCAUUGAAGCGCUUUUUUGUUUUUUUGUUUUGUUUUGUUCUUUUGAGGCCAUAUACAUACACCCAUAUUACUGUACAGUACAAAAUUAUUGUUUUCUAGGUUUUUUUUUUUUUUCAUGUCCUAAAACCCCCAGUACAGUACAAUGUUAUUGUAAAUUUAAAAAAAGGCUUGAAAAUGUUUGAAAGUUUUACAUUUUAUCCCAAUUUACCACGCCGGUGUGCUUUGUCAUGUUGACAUUGUUGACGUACAGUACUCAUCAGAGGUGAGUCGCUUUCAUGAGCUGCGAGGAAUUAGUGUGCUUCCUAGUUCCAAAUCUAAACCUAACCCUAUGGAGGACACGCCCUGCUUCAAUAUUACUGGCUCCAGGACACGUGCUGCUGCACUAUGAUUGGCUGUUGUAUCCUUGUCGAACAUGGCCUUCCAGACGGGAAAAGAGGUAUGUGACUUAAGUGUGGCGGCGUUAAUGUUUCCCACUAACCGUAACCCACCCUAAUCCUAACCUUAACUGCCUUCAGCCCCAACCCUAGCCCUAAACCUAACCAUAACAAAGUUCCUUGUUUUUGUUUCGUACAAAUGUGAUAACUUUGGGAUGGUCAUCGUAUUACAUCUUGGUAGCCUGCCCUUCCCGCGACACAGGAGCCAAUCAUCUUGCAGCGGGGCGUGUCCUGCCUAGAAACUAUGUGGGAAUCUGAAUGUGUUGCCACAGACGAAAGGCUUGACAAAAAAUUUUUUUACUGUACUAAAUAGCAUGUUGCAGACUCCAGAGACUUUUAUUUUGUACUCCUCAGAGUUAACAACGCAGCCAUGUCGCUCUCUCUCUGCCAGUGUUAUAUGCACAGUAGACAAUAGAUAUAGCCAUCAUCACAUGGGCGCCAUGUCAAUGCACCAUGGUCAACAUGGCUGCCACAUAGGCAUGGGAGGUAUGUUGACCCACAGCUCGUGACCAUAGGUGAGGGUAGGAACAUAGAUCGACUGGUAAAUCGAGAGCUUCGCCUUUUGGCUUAGCUCCUUCUUCACCACAACGGACUGAUACAAAGUCCGUAUCACUGCACCGAUCCGCCUGUCGAUCUCCCGUUCCAUUCUUCCCUCACUUGUGAGCAAGACCCCAAUAUAUUUGAACUCCUCCACUUGGGGCGGGAUCUCAUCCCCGACACAGAGAGAGCACUCCACCAUUUUCCGACUGAGGACCAUGAUCUCAGAUUUGGAGGUGCUGAUUCUCAUCCCAGCCGCUUCACACUCACAGCUUGAUGAAGCCAACAGAACCACAUCAUCUGCAAAAAGCAGAGAUGCAAUACUGAGGUCACCAAACCGGACCUCGGCUGCGCCUAGAAAUUCUGUCCAUAAAAGUUAUGAACGGAAUCGGUGACAAAGGGCAGCCUUGGCGGAGUCCAACCCUCACCGGAAACGAGUCCGACUUACUGCCGGCAAUGCAGACUAAACUCUGACACUGUUCGUACAGGGACCGAACAGCCCGUAUCAGGGGGGUUCGGCACCCCAUACUCCCGGAGCAACCCCCACAGAACUCCCCGAGGGACACGGUCAAACGCCUUCUCCAAGUCCACAAAACACAUGUAGACUGGUUGGGCAAACUCCCAUGCACCCUCGAGGAUGUCCACGCGAUGUUGCAGAGACGUGUCAACCAGGACAGCCCCACAACAUCCAGAGCCUUUAGCCUCAACCCCAGAGAUAGGAGAGCCCGCCUCAGAGACCCAAGACUCUGCUUCCUCAUGGGAAGGCGUGUCGGUGGAAUGGAGGAGGUCUUCGAAGUAUUCACCCCACCGACACACAACAUCCCGAGUCGAGGUCAGCAGUGCCCCAUCCCCACUAUACACAGUGUUGAUGGUGCACUGGUUCCCCCUCCUGAGAUGCCGGAUGGUGGACCAGAAUUUCCUCAAAGCCAUUCGGGAGUCGUUCUCCAUGGCCUCACCAAACUCCUCCCACGUCCGAGUUUUUGCCUCAGCAACCACCAAAGCUGCAUUCCGCUUGGCCAGCCACUACCCAUCAGCUGCCUCAGGAGUCCCACAGGCCAAAAAGGCCCAAUAGGACUCCUUCUUCAGCUUGACGGCAUCCCUCACUGCUGGUGUCCACCAACGGGUUCAGGGAUUACCGCCACGACAGGCACCGACUACCUUACGGCCACAGCUCCGGAAGGCCGUCUCAGCAAUGGAGGCGCGCAACAUGGUCCACUCAGUCUCCUGAGUGGACCAGUCAACAUGGUCCCCCGCCUCCCCCGAGACGUGGGUGAAGUUUUGCCUUCUGACGGGAUUCUGCCAGACGCUCCCAGCAGACCCUCACAAUACGUUUGGGCCUGCCAGGUCGGACUGGCAUCUUCCCCCACCAUCGGAGCCAACUCACCACGAGGUGGUGAUCAUUUGACAGUUCCGCCCUUCUCUUCACCCGAGUGUCCAAGAUAUGCGGCCGCAAGUCCGAUGACACGACCACAAAGUCGAUCAUCGAACUGCGACCUCGGGUGUCCUGGUCCUGAGUCCACGUGUGGACACCCUUAUGCUUGAACAUGGUGUUCGUUAUGGACAAUCCGUGGUGAGCACAGAAGUCCAAUAACAGAACACCACUCGGGUUCUGAUCGGGGGGUGCCGUUCCUCCCAAUCACGCCCUUCCAGGUCUCACUGUCAUUGCCCACGUGAGCAUUGAAGUCCCCCAGCAGAACGAUGGAGUCCCCAGCGGGAGCGCUCUCCAGAACCACCUCCAAGGACUCCAAAAAGGGCGGAGUGAGGCUACCCUCUCGUCCACCGGGGUGAAGCCCAAUGUACAGACGCCGACUGCCUCCCACCGUGGGCAACUCCAGAGUGGAAGAGAAUCCAACCCCUGUCAAGAGGACACGUACCAGAGCCCAAGCUCUGUGUGGAGGUGAGCCCGACUAUAUCUAGUCAGAACUUCUCGGCCUCGCACACCAGCUCAGGCUCCUUCCCUGCCAGAGAGGUGACGUUCCACGUCCCGAGAGCCAGCGUUUGUAGCCGGGGAUCGGAUAGCCAAGGUCCCUGCCUUCGGUCACCACCCAGCUCACAAUGCACCCGAGGGGGACCCCGGUGACCCGCGUCCGAGCAAGGGAAAACACAAUCCAAUAAUGUUUCUCAUGAUAUGGGGUUUUUGGAGCCGUGCUUUGCCUGGUCCCUCACCUAGGACCUGUUUCUCAUGGGUGACCCUGCCAGGGGCAUAAAGCCCCAGACAACUUAGCUCCUAGGAUCAUUGGGACACAGAAACCUCUCCACUACGAUAAGGUGAAGGCCCAAGGAAGGGAGUAAUGUGGUAAUGCCGGUAUAUAAAAUAAAUAAAUAAACAGGCAGUAAUGUGGUAAUACCGGUGUGUGUGUGUGUGUGUGUGUGUGUGUGUGUGUGUGUGUGUGUGUGUGUGUGUGUAUUUUUAUUAUUAUUAUUUUUUUUUUAAACAAUUGUGCAAAAUGAUGCUGAGUCCUCUAGCAAUUAGAGCAGUUUGAAAUGACUAAUAGAACAAUAGUCUGGUGCAGAGACUUCAAGAGAUUAAUGCAGUUUAAAGUGACUAGUAGUGUGAUAAUCUGGGACAAUGUCAGUUGUGCAAAUGGUGCAGAUACUUCUCAAGCACGAGUGGCCAGUAUUGGUCAAUAACAGAUAUCCAAGCAGUGCAGGGUGGCGAGACGACUACAGCGGGUGCACGAGUAAUGUAUGAUUGGCCCGACAGAGAUGUGACUACAAUCUCAAGACAAAAUUGGCAGCAUGUUACAAAGGAAUUGUAAAUUAACUGUUUAAGAAGUUAAUGGUUACAUGGUUAAAGGCUACAUUGCGCCACAGCACCAGUAAACAACAGAGGCCAAUUCUGGAACUAAGAGACUUAGUCAAAGGCAUUUUAAGUGAAACUAUUUUUGGACACAUUGUUUACUCCCGACGGUCUGUUUGAUCCGAUAUUCGUUAUGUCGGGGUCCAUUUUAUUGAGGUUCCACUGUACUCAUUUGUUGAAUUUAGUGGUAUUAUUUUCCGACACUGGGUUGACCCCAUUAUUUACUCUUUACUCUUUGUUUGAUAUGUGGAAAACGUAAUUUUUACAAAUUUUAUUGAAAAGGUUAAGUAGCAGCAUUAAACACGAUUCAUCCAUAUAAAUUGGUGGCCCUGAAACAACAUCUCUAAUAACAUUAUAUGGUUUGCAAUAGUGUUGCCGUGUUGACUUUAUACAGUGAUGCCUUCAGAUACGAGUGUGACCCGACUUAAGAGGUUUUCGAGAAAUGAGCUGUCGAUGGGCUGAUUUCUUUUUUGCUUUGACUUGCGAGCGCAAACUUGAGAUACGAGCGCUGUAUGGUGGCAGGUGACCCAACUCGCUUCACAACCAACAGUUAGCAGUUAGCAAACAAUUCUCACUUGAAGGCUUGCUGUCAAAUUAAAUAUUAAAACAAAGAGAAUUACACACUUUAUUUAAAACAAAUACAAAUACCUCCGCAAGCUUAAUGGUAACUUACAAUGGGAAACACCAUAUUCACACGUGUUAACAAUUAGCUUCUAUAUGACUGUGAGGUUACCCUUUAAGCAAUGGAUAUCUGAACACAAACGGUGGAACGACACAU